GGCCUGUGACCGCCCCUCCAGGGGGUCAGAGUGGGGCUUGGUCUCCCGGAGCCCCGCGCUCUGCCUCGGCCCGAGGCUGGCGGAGGAGCUGGCCGGGCAGAGGCGGAGCUUGCUUGGGAAAGAGCCUCUGGGGAGCCCGCGUUCGCGGAACGCCCGGGCCUGGGCGGAGCUUCCGGGGAGCCGGGCGGGGAAGGGGUGCGAGGCCCGGGAGGCCAGGGGCGGGGCUCCCGGGAGCCGGGAGCGCUAGCGACCGGACGAGCUGAGAUCCCGAGCCCUGGGGCCUGGAGGCGUAGGAGUCGGGGCGGGGCGGGCCGCGGCCUGGAAGGGCCAGGGCGGGGCUUGGGGCGGCCCAGCCGCGCUGGUGCUGGCGGUGGCUGCCCAGGAACCCGGCGCGCACGGGUCCCGCUCCAGCCCCAGUCAAAGCCGAAACUGCAGCCGGCUCCAGGCCGGGGCCAUGGGAGCCCCCCGCCGCCCGCGUCAUGAGGACGGAGGCGGAGGCAGCGGGGCCGCCGCUCGAACCCGGGGACUUCGUGCAGCUGCCCGUGCCCAUUAUCCAGCAGCUCUACCACUGGGACUGCGGCCUGGCCUGCUCCAGGAUGGUGCUGCGCUACUUGGGCCAGCUGGACGACAGUGAAUUCGAAAGUGCCCUGCAGGAGCUGCGACUGACCAGGAGCAUCUGGACCAUCGACCUGGCCUACCUGAUGCGCCACUUUGGCGUGAGGCAUCGCUUCUGCACCCAGACCCUGGGCGUGGACAAGGGCUACAAGAACCAGUCCUUCUACAGGAAGCACUUCGACACAGAGGAGACCCGGGUGAACCAGCUGUUCGCACAAGCGAAGGCCUGCAAGGUGCUGGUGGAGAAGUGUGGCCACCGCUGCUUUUGCCGCACCCCCGACUACCAGGGCCAUUUCAUCGUGCUGCGCGGCUACAACCGGGCCACUGGCUGCAUCUUCUACAACAACCCGGCCUAUGCUGACCGAAUGUGCAGCACCAGCAUCAGUAACUUCGAGGAGGCCAGAACCAGCUACGGCACGGACGAGGACAUCCUCUUUGUCUACUUGGACAGCUGACAGCAGGAGCCUGGUGUGCCCAGGCCCUUGGACCCCACCCUGCCCUGCCCCAGCUGGGCCCACUUAGGAGGCCCUGGCCCAGGUCUGGGGCUGCCAGGGCUCAGAUGUGGAACUGUGGCUCCGGCUCAUGUGACCAAACCCCAGGGAGUCUAGGAGGCCGAGUCUCACCUGCCUAAUCCACCAGCGCUGAGCCGUCAUGCCGCUUACCCUGCACUCCUGCUGGUUGCUGGCUCAUCCCCAGAGCAUCUGAGUGGAGCCUCCCCCAGGACCCCGAGGCUGACUCCAGCUGUGCUCAGGGGACAUCCACCCCUACGGGUGCCCUUGUUGCCUGUGAGCCAGACCCAGGGCAGAGGGAGAAGCCUGAGCCCAUCUCACCACAGACCUGGUGAAUGAGCCCUGAAGAGAGAUGUUGCUUGUCUGUUUGUUUGGAGACUGUGUAGGUGGCCUGGGCCCCGGGGGCUGGGACUGCUCCAGCCUUGCAGGGACCUGGAAGUACUGCAGACCCCCCUGGGCCCUUUGGUGGAUGCCGCCGCCCCCUCCCACCUCCCAGUGGGACCAGUUCCUGCAGCUGAUUGCAAGGCUUCUGGCCCCUGGGGAGGGCUGGACCUCAGGCAGAAAUGACUCUGAGGCCCCUGCGGCCCUCCAGGUACUCCAUCUCCUUGGGGUGGAAACCUGGGCUGCAGGUGGGACCCUGGCUCCUGCUGGCCAGCAGUGCUCACAAUGCCUGACCCCGAGGGCCAGGAAUAGCUGCCUGGGCCCCAAAGAUGCUCACACCCACAAGGCUUCCUGACUAGGCAGGCAACGGGGCUCGCGUCUGAGGGCGGGGAACCCCAAGUUUCGCAGGGUUGGUUGCUGGGGCCCUGGGCCUGCAUGGCUGAUCAGUGGCUGUGUCGGGGGAGGGGGGGGUACUGUGACCCUCCACCACCCACCCUGGUGUUCACAUCAGGACCUUUUGCACAGAACUUUGGGUCUCUUCUGUCUGACAGGAGGGGUGUUACCUACCCAGGAUCACACAGCACGGCACCAUAGCAUGGAUUAGAGCUGUUUUCUUUUUCUUUUUUUUUUUUUGAGAGGGGGAGGGUGGUGUUUUUGAGAUUUAAGUUUUCACUUUAUGGGGGUGAGACUCAACCUCAAGUAAGACAAUAAUAGUGAGAUUGUAGGUACUUUGGAACCACUGACACCUCUCUUCACAGGACAGGUAAGCCAGCCCAAGUUCUCUAUCAAAGGGGCCUCUCACCAUACGGACAGAAUCUGGCCCAGGAGAGUGGUGGAGCUGGGUCUUGAACCAGGGUCUGCACCUGAAAAAUAAGGACAAUGGAUCAUUCCCAAAAGGGCUGGGGACACCCACGCCUCGGGUUGCCUCUGGCUAGUGGCGUAGGGAUGCCCCAACAGCCACACCGCUGCAGCACCCUGCAUCUCGGUCUUCCGGUGCCCAAGGCAUGAUGUGGGGCAGCUGCUGCCCCUCCCUCAGACUGCCGACCAUGGCCAUGCUCCGCGUCUGCCCCCAUGGAGCCAUGGCUACUCUGAGGGGCAGGGGUGGGCUCUGCUGACAAGGGCUGUCAGACCACCUAACCACAUUGUUUCUCAACACCAGACGGCCUUGACCAAGAGGGAGGCGUUGUUGGCUGGGCAGCCACCCUGGGUUUCAGAGACUAGUGCUGCCUGCAGACUGGCCUCGUGUCUGUUGCCUUAAUGCUAGGUGGCCCAAGAUCCCAGGGAGCGCUGUCCAACGCCCAGGAGUACCACGCGUGGUGGCUUUGGGUUUGGGUGUGCUCAGGAGGGGUCCGGGUAACACUGGUGAGGGCAUAUGCGUCAAGGGAAACAGAGGAAGUGAAGCUUUCAGGAUGGCUCCCUGUGAGUGAGGCUGGCACAGAGAGCAGCCUCCACAAAGAGCGGUCACGGCACCUCUGUCCGUCAGAGACACUCAAUCCCUGGGCUUGGAGGAGGGCUUCUCAGGGCAAGCACAGGUUAGGGGUCACCUGUCUGGAAGAUUCACAAGAGCUGCCUGCCCCUGGGGUGGUGCCACCUGCCUGGGGAGGGUCAUAGAGGCAGAACACAAACCUCAUUGUGUCGUGUUCCCGCACAAAUCAUGAAAAUGGGGCUGGAGAUAGAGCCGAGACAUCGGGAACUCUGCCUACAGCACGUGGCACCACAACCGCCUGGCCACACACAGGGGGCCACGCUGGACAGUUGGCUCUGUUCACUCCAGCCACCUGGGGACAAAAGGGAUCUUUUGCAUUACAGAGAUUUUAUACAUAUAUUUUGUUUGUAAUGAGCCAUUCUCAGUAAAUGUUAUCCUCACUGCGAAA